AUGUCAAAAUUGAACUCAAUAGUCUUCGAAAAUGCAAAACAAAUUCAAUAUAUUGCUUUAUUUCAGUUGCAUGUCAAUUAUGGCAUGGUCUUCAAAAAAAAUUUAACUGAAUCGUAUCCUAAAGGAUCUACCGAAAUAAACUACGUUGACGAUAUGGAUAAUUAUAUUGUUGUUCAAAUUACAUAUGCUUCUAGCCAACAUAAUCAAUCAAUAACAGAUCAUUUUAUGCUUGAAAAUCGUGUGCCUGUUCGUAAUACGAACAUAGAAUCUUUUGCAACACCUCCAACAGAUGGAAUAAUGUCUCGUGCUUGUGACUGA